GUGAGGAUACAGUGUAGUACAAGGGCUCGCCGGUCACUUGGAAACUCGGUGAUCAAAUCGUCAGAAUGGCGCCCCGUGUGUUGGUGUUUGGCACCGGUAGUAUCGGAACAGUCUACACCUGGGUUCUCUCUCAGGCCGUUCCUGCCGCCAAUAUCGCAGCUAUAUGUCGCUCCAACUACGAGGAGGCAUCGAAGAAUGGCUUCACGCUGAACUCAAGUCAUUGGGGUGAGAAGCUCAAUGUGAAGCCAGCGAUAUUCAAAAGUGUCAGUGAUGCAGUCGCUGCAAGCCCUGGGCAGCCAUUCGAUUAUAUCCUCGUAUGCAGCAAAGCUCUGCCCACAAAUCCAUCUACGGCGGAUAUCAUCAAGCCAGCCGUAUCUCCAGGUACCACAGUUGUGUUGAUACAGAACGGCAUUGGAAUAGAAGAGGAAUACCACAGAUUGUUCCCCAAUAACCCCCUCCUGAGUACAGUGGUAUAUCUCCCCGCGACACAAGUUAGCCCCGGAGUUGUGCAACACAAGGAAAUCGAGCUCUUGCAUGUGGGCACAUUUCCCGCAGAUGCUCCCAAGACGGCCAAAGACGCAGCAAGAGCAUUCGUGGAUCUCCUCGGCUCAGCAGGCGCCACGGCUGAACUACACGAUGAUGUCCAAGGGGAGAGAUGGUCCAAGUUGUUGGUCAACACGUCAUGGAACCCGAUAUGCGCCCUGACGAGGUUACGGGACAGGCAGUUCAUAGACGUUAAUGGGGAUGUUCUACCGUUCAUAAAAGACGUCAUGAUGGAGAUUGCGUCAGUUGCGCAGGCGUAUGGAUACAAUAAGAUCGACGAGGAGUUGGUUGAUUUCCAAAUCGGUCGGGCUGCGAAGCGAGACUUGCCAGGUGUCCAGCCGUCCAUGUUGGCUGACACAUUCGCCUCAAAGAAUAUCGAGGUGGAUGCUAUUGUUGGAAACGUGGUCAAGUUGGCGAAGCUGAAAGACAUCAGAGUGCCUGUACUGCGUACUAUAUACUUGCUGGCUUGUGGACUGGAUCAGAGCCUAGGGAUGGACAAGUCUUAGUUCUACUAUAGCCUCCCUUGGAAUGAUGGCUAACUGGCUGACUGGAAUGAUUCCUCCAUACAAUUAACACAUAAUCCACAUAUUCUUUGUGUGCUUAUCUACGACCCAAUAGGCCAACAAGAUUAUAGGUACUUGGUGUGGAUAUGCUGAAUAGGUUUUUCCUUCUUCUUUUCUUAUUCUUUCCUUUUCUUCUUUUUUGACCGAAUUACCAUCACAGACCGCACGAACUGUUUCGUUGUAUUUAUGUUUCCAUUUCAUGCAAUCAACAAAAACUCAUGCAUUGCGAUUAAUACACAUAGAAGUAAGUGACCACUAGCUAGGCUUGUCUCUACAGGUCAAGACACGCUCCUUAAUCUGCGCCAAAGGGAGUGUUAUCCAGGUACUACGUUUGGAGUGUCUUUCGGAAUCAGCUAUGAAGAAG